AUGAAAUCAACUUUAGAAUGUUUUUAUAAUCUACCAUGUAUGAUUGAAUUAGAUCGACAUUUUGAUUUAUCUCUUGGAUCAUCUUUUAAUUUUUCAAAUUUAAAUGAAAAUCUUAAUCCACCGAAUGAAACAAUUGAAACAAUUAUCAAUAAACUUAUGGUUGAUUCUUGGACAUCGAAUAUUUCAUUUUCUUCAUAUUAUAAUACAUGUUCUCCAUCAUCAUGUACGUAUGAAUACAUUAGUCAAAAUGCUUUGUUCUUUAUUAUAACAAUAAUUCUUGGCAUUUGUGGUGGUUUAUCUCUUGGAUUAAAACUACUUACUUUAAUUAUUCUUCGAUUUAUUAAGAAGACAAUUAAUAAUAAUUCUUUUAAUGGAUUUAUAACAAUGAUAAAAAAACUUAUUUAUUUGUAG